AAAUGCUUAGCUCGUCUUGCAAGGCGUCGAAGACAAAAGUACUGGAUAAUGAUUCAUCUAUCGUCGUAAUUUACCACCAAAUGUAACUAAUACACCGCUACAGUGUAAACUUAAGUCCAACUUCAGUGUCUUAUUAAUACUUUGGAAAAUACAUUAUUCUUCCGUUAUAAAAUGAAAAAUGUGAAUUUGGAUAGCAAUGAUAGAAAACCACUUAAAGGCAUAUUGUGAAUUCUCAAGAAUUAAGGGUAAUGAAAAGAAGUGAUUCAUAAGCGACGUGAAUAUGUACAAAAGUGAGGUACAGAAGAUCCCUGACGCGUGUUUGUGUGUUUCUGCAUGCAGACCGUAAUGCAGACCGUAGGGGACAUGGAGACUGGCCGCGGACGCUAUGUUGUCACAAAGUUUACAUAAAACAUGACCCUAGUUUCCACAGUUACAGAGUUGGGUAUUUUACAGAAGCAGGACGCCUGCUUCUUUUUGUCGGAAUCAGACAACCCGCUCGACACGGACGCUUAAUUGCUGUCCGGAUUUAUUCCCCUUGGGGACGCUUCCCAUGUGCGUGUCAUCACAAAGCAGCACCAUGGUGCUGGAUGCGUGGGCCGGGUGGUCUUCACCGGAGCUGAGCUCUGGGGAGGACCUCCUCGCAGGGGAAGCGGUGUUAGCAAAGGGCCCAUGGUAAGUGUGAAGCAGAAACGGCUAUUUACAGCUCAUCUGGGCUGCUAAACGCCAGCGUGACGGAAUGCGCUUAAGUACAUCCCAAAAUAAUAUUUUAAAUAUGAAGUAACUUUAGGAAAAGCAGAGAGUUCUUGGGGGGAGCCGAAGUUUGCUGAAAGGCAACCAAUGGAAAGAACCAAAAACGAUAACAAAAUCACCAAGUAUGCGCACAAACAUACAUUCCUCCAUUCCAGCCCCUCUUCCGAGCGUUGGGGGGGUGCUCUCUCUCCAGAUGCUGCACUUCCAAAGGAGUUGAAGGACUCGAAUUUCAAGUCUCCCCCAAUUCCUCCACCCAAUCCUGCUCCUCCAGAAAAAAAGGAGAGAAAGCACAGAGGCACGGAAGGCUCUAGGAAAAGGAACGGAGGGGGGGUGCAGAACAGACGAUAAAAAAGGCAGACCCUGACGGCCAUCUCCUAAUUGGACCUUCUUCUCCACUUCUUGCAUCUGGAGCACCGCGAAAGGUUGCAGCCUCCCCCUCCCAGAGAGGAUGCCCCCCCAGCGGCUGACCGGCGCAAACUACCGGGAAUUUCUGAAGAGCUUCAUGGGAAUAGCGAGGGUCCUUCAGGUGCUGAUGGGUGCCGGGCUGUGGGCCACCAUCGCUGGUAACAAGUACGACGGGCCGGUGCACUUCGCGCUGCUGGUGGCCGUCCUCUUCUGGCUCCUCACGCUGGCGCUGUUUCUCCUCACGCUGCUGGGCAAGCAGGAUGUGGUGCCAGUGGCAGGGGGCGAGCACUGGUUGCUAAGCAACGUGGUGCACGACGCGGCAGCGGUGGCACUCUACCUGCCCACCAUCGGCAUCCUGGCCUACAAGACGGCGAAGAGCACCUACUGCAACCUGGAGCACUACGGUCCCCCGUGUCCGUACCGCGCCUACCUCGCCGCCACGGCCCUCUCCGGCUUCACCACCUGCGCCUACUUUGCCUCUGCCGUUUACGGCUCCUGCAGGAAAUGUCGCGGGACAAAAUGUACCAGACAGCUCCCGUUUCAAGUAAAGUCUUUCGGGAAUGCUUUGCUACCGUCGUGUAAAGAAUUUUCCGUGGAGGUUUCUACGCAUUCAGCAAGAAGCACCGUUGUGAGAUUUAUGUAACGUUCUGAAAGCCUACCGCCGUAACAUCUGGAGCGUGUUUGGGUCGACAUAAACAGAGACACACAGAACCCAGGGCAAAUUUAUCUGAAGGAAUCGUGAAUUAUAACAUAAUUUAUAAAAAUGAUAAUUUUUUAAAUUAUUAACAAUAUUCUUUGCUUCUUCUGAUGACUAGAAAUUGCUAAGAUGUUAAUCAGCUUUGACUUAAAGUGAGGAUGAGUAUUUCAGAAACAGGCUGAAGAGCAUGUGCUGUUUGAUCAUUUUCACAGAGGUGCCUGUCGGUCAGAUAAGCACCAUCAAUAUGGAACAACCCCCGGAAACACGGCCGACAUUGCUUUCUGGCACCCGUCAUCUGCUGGUAACAUUUGCGAUGUGAUUGGUGGAUAGGGAGAGCUGGAUCUCUGGAGGAAGUGGUCUGAAGGAGAACCGGUUAUUUCUAUUUAAUGACUGAGCACCCCAGGGGCAGAGCCCUAUCCAUCUCCCCCCCCCCCACCCCUCCCAUCUGUCCUGCAAAGUCCCAUGUGACUCAAAUACACACUGACACACAUGUGGAAGUGAAAGCCAACAGGAACACACCAACACCCAGCUGUGGGAGGGUAGAGCGACAUCACAGAGGUGAUGGAAAGCAGAUGGUGGAGAAAGAGGCAUGUAAACGCAGACCCUGACCCUCCCCCCGCUCCCUUUAAAGUGCCAGAGAAGCUGCCCC